AACACGGCUGCAAUGCAGCUUGAGAAAGUGGUCAGCCAUUGGCAUUCUGUGUUUGCAUUUCAGACUUCAGUCAGCCUGCUCCCCUGGAUCCUUACUGUAUUAUACCCUCGUUUAAAACAGGAUUCAUGAAAAAUGUAUUAUUUCGGGGCCUUCACUCUUCUAAACAUCAUGAUACCUUUGACAAGUGGGAAACCCAUGGAAGCCCGGGACAGAUUACUUACAACCCCAAACUCCCAUGAAUAUUCUGGUGACAUUGGGAGCGUGGAGGGAGAAGCCCAAUUUGACUUUAAAUCGUUUCUGGAGACUUUGAAAGCUGAUUUCCUGAGGAACUUGAACUUGUCAGAAGUACCUUCAGAAGAGAAGAUGAAAGAGGAACCACCACAAUUCAUGAUUGAUUUGUAUAAUAGAUAUAGCAAGGACAAGUCUACCAGCCCCAUAUCCAAUAUUGUGCGCAGCUUCAGUCCUGAAGAUAUUACUUCUCUUUCUCCUCUGGAAAUGAAUCCAUUUCAGAAAUACAUUUUGCUGUUCAAUGUCUCCAUCCCAUGGCAUGAAGAUGUCACCAGAGCUGAAUUCAGAAUCCACACUGACUGUCAAAAGGGCACAAAGAGUUUGGUGAACUUUAAAGGAAAUAUAGCUGUGUAUGAUGUCCUUGAAGGAAACAACUGGGAGGAACCAAAUACUGUCAAAUCCGUCCUAGUCUCCAAAGAAAUCCAAGAAUGUGGUUGGACGAUGUUUGAUGUGUCUAGCACUGUGAAAAGAUGGACCAAGGCAGACAAAACAAUGAGUACUAAUCAACUGGAGAUUGAUAUAGAGAGCGAUGUUCAAAGUGAUCUUACCUGUGGGAAUGUACAUACCGGUGUAACACCGAACUCUAACCAUUUACCCUUGCUGGUAGUGUUUUCUAAUGAUCCCAAUAACAGAAUCAAAGAGAACUAUAUGGAACUUCAAGAAAUGAUUGUGCAUGAACAGGAAAGCAUGCUUAAGAAUUUGGUAAAGAACAACACUGCCCAUAAAGAGAACGCUUUACCUGUUAAUGGAAUCCAUCAUCUUCUUUCCAGAGGGAAACGAAGUGCCGAACAUAAUCACUGCAGGAGAACCUCUCUCCAAGUAAAUUUCAAAGAAAUUGGCUGGAAUUGGAUAAUUGCUCCUCAAGAUUAUGAUGCGUUUGAAUGCAAAGGAGGUUGCUUCUUUCCUCUGACAGAUAAUGUCACACCAACCAAGCAUGCUAUUGUCCAGACCUUGGUGCACUACAAAAAUCCCAAGAAAGCUGCCAAAGCCUGUUGCGUCCCAACGAAGCUUGAUGCAAUUUCCAUGCUUUACAAAGAUAAUGCUGGGACCCCGACACUGAAAUAUCAAUAUGAGGGGAUGAAAGUGGCAGAAUGUGGCUGUAGAUAGAGAAUAUCAGGGACCACUCCAUCACAUAAAUAUGAAAUCAUGUAUGCAGAAAAAUGUUAUUUGUUUAUAAAUAAAUGUUUGAUUAUAAAGGGUGCUGGAUUGCAGCUUCAAUUCCUACUGGGCUUUCUCUUUUCUCUUCCC